GCACUCACACCAACCCCGUGCUUUUGGGAUGUUUAGGAGCCCAUCCUGCCAUAGGGAUGCUCAGGUUCCAGGGGCUCCAGCUCUCUAUCAGCACCAGGCUGGGCUGUACAGCGGGGUGAGAGAAAAGCACCGCUCCCCAUCACCCACCCACAGCCUUGGCCGGGCUCGGAUGGGACUGGAGGGGGGAGAGCAGGGAGGGAAGGAUGGGAGGAGCCGGGACUUCACCGACCCGAUUAACCAGGUUAGAAACCAACCUUGCAAAACCCACAACACGGAUGGGAGCAGGGCUGGAAAUCCCCCCCUCAGCUCACAGUGGGAGCUGGGAUGCAAGGCACGUUUGGCGGGCACGGCGACGGUGAGCAGUGCUGGAGAGCCAGGAGCAACGGCGAGGCCCCGAGAAGAGGAUGAGAACAUGGGGCUCAAGUUAUCCUGUCUGAAAGGGUUGAAGAUGUGUGUGAGCAGCGGGAAUGGCAGCACCGGGACCCCAGAGGCGGAUGGGAAGCACCUCCACGUACCCUCCAUCAUCGUCACACCACCCACACCCACAGGGACCAUGUUGUGCCGGGACACACGAAGGGCGAUGGGGGAGACAUCAUCACCCUGCAGCCAGUGCUGAGCACCCAAAGGGGACACCAACAGCUUCAGUUCUGCUCCAGGGCUGAAUCCUGCCCUGCUGGGGGUGAUGCUUCCUGGUGUGCUGCUUCUCUGGAGAGCCCCAGGAGAGAACGGCGCGCAAAAGCAGAUGGAAAUUUAAUUUUUUAAUGACAGCAGCAGAUGGCAAAAGACACAAAAGUGUAUUCACACCAUGUCAGAGCCAUUUAUAAAGUGCCUGGCGGAGCUGCAGCGCGUGCUGGUGGCACCACGGGUACAGUAACAGAUGGGGGAUCCUCUCCUGCAGCCCCCAGACCUACCCAGUGUGGGCUGAUGGGAGCUGUGGAGUGGUGGGGAGCGCUGGUCCUUUGGGCUCAAGAUGGAGGCAUGGAUGGGUGGAUGGAUGAGUAUGGGUGAUUGGAUGGGUGUAUGGGAGGUUAGGUGGAUGGAUGGAUGGGUGGGUGGCUGGACAAACGGAAGAGUAGAUGCAUGGAUGGACAGAUGGAGGCAUGGAUGUACAAAUGGGAUGUAUAAAUGAACGGAUGGAUGAAUGGACAGACACAUGGGUAGAUGAAUGGGUGGAUGGAUGGAAGAGUGAACGGACAAAUGGACAGACAAGUGGGUGGGUG